ACUGGCGCACCGCGUUUCUUUCUGCGCUUGCUCCGGCAUAUCCUCGCCCGCGUCAGCACAGACAGCCCUGACGGCCAUCAGUCGACCCCCACACGCCCGCCUCGUUGAUCCAUACAUAUAUCCGAGCCCCCCAUCAUCCCCCUUCCCCAAACUUUCACCCUCGGUCACAUGCAAUCCAACUCUGCCUCGACAGGUUUCGCCAACCUGCUGAACCCCGACACUUCCUCCCAACAACAGCACCAACUACCCACUACCACUCAACAACCCAACUCCAUGGCUACUGCUACCGUGAGCCUCAUGGCUCCUCUGCUGCAAAACGCCCCGCAACAGUCGGACGAGCCCCGUCAGGAUCUCCCCAGGCCCUACAAGUGCCCCCUCUGCGAUAAGGCUUUCCACCGUCUGGAACAUCAGACCCGCCACAUUCGCACUCACACUGGAGAGAAGCCCCAUGCCUGCACAUUCCCCGGCUGCACAAAGCGAUUUUCUCGCUCCGACGAACUUACUCGACACUCGAGGAUACACAAUAACCCCAACUCACGGCGGGGAAAGGGCCAGCAACACGCCGCUGCCCACCAGGCCGCCGUCGCCGCCGUUCAAGCUGGCCUUAUGGAGCCUGGCUCUGGCCUUGCGCACAUGAUGCCCCCUCCAUCCAAGCCCAUCUCGCGCAGUGCUCCAGGUUCUCAGCUCGGCUCACCAAAUGUGUCACCUCCUCACUCAUUCUCCAACUACUCGCCAAACAUGGGCAACGAUUUGGCAGCGUACCACCAGGGCGGCUUCAACAGCAGUAACAGCAGCAGCCCCAGCGGCUUGUCUCGCCCCAUGGAUCUGUUGGCAGACGCAGCCUCAAGACUAGAGCAGCGCCCUGGUCACUACUCGCACUCGAGUAGACACCACAUUACGAGCGGCUACCAUCCCUAUGCUAGUCGUCUGCCUGGCCUCUCUCAGUACGCGUACUCGUCGCAGCCAAUGUCAAGGUCUCAUUCACACGAGGAUGACGACCCGUACUCGCAUCGCAUGACAAAGAAGUCGAGACCAGGCUCGCCAACGUCAACUGCCCCUCCUUCGCCGACUUUCUCUCACGAUUCUUGCAGCCCCACUCCUGACCACACCCCACUCGCAACUCCUGCGCACUCACCCAGACUACGUCCGCACGGCUUCAAUGACCUCCAGCUUCCUCAUCUACGCCAUCUGAGUUUGAACCAAAACUUCGUACCAGCUUUGGCGCCAAUGGAGCCGUCUACAGAUCGGGAACAACCUUACGUGCCCAGUCAAUCUUCCGGGUUGCGCAUAGGCGACAUCAUCUCAAAACCAGAGGGUGCCCAGCGAAAACUGCCCGUUCCACAAGUACCCAAGGUGGCGGUCCAGGAUCUCCUCAAUGGCCCGAGCAAUAGCGGCUUCUCCUCCGGCAACUCCUCGGCGACUGCUUCGUUAGCCGGCGAGGACCUGUCGCAUCGCAACUAAAACUUUCAACUCCACUCCACUCCACUAGCAUGGCAUCGGCGUUCUCUAUCAGCAUUUUCGCAUUCCGUCAUUCACGUUAGCAAGCGAUGAGAUUAGACAUGGACAAACUUUCAUGAGGAGCAAUGCUUGCAGCAUUUCACGAUUUCUGUUACAUUGCGGACCCCACCACCCAGAUAGACCUUUCUUCUUUGUUUUGUUGGAUCCAAUACCCCGCGAAGCCGCAUCUGGCGAUUCGCAAUCUUGUAUAAGUUCCACUCAGCCUUGUUUCAUCGGCCUGGCUGUAGUGAGGGAAGAGGCUGCUUAUUGGCAGUGCCGAGAUGAUUAGACAGUAUCCCCCAGCUUGGCGCUUAAUUGAAAUACCAAUCCACACUUAGUCACUCUGUCCGCAUUUGAGCAUGUAAUUACGACAUGGUUAUGUUAGGGUGAAGCACGUCGCUAUGCGUGACGUGAUCUAGCACCGUGGUGAUGCAAGCAACGAGAAUCAUCAGCAGGGAACCA